AUGGCUUCAAGAGCAAUCACGAGGAGAAGGAAAUAUCUUUUCAAUCAUGUUAAAACACUUAACCUUUCAUCUUCAUCCUCUACCUUCCAACAUGAAAGAAUUGGUUCUGAGGCUGAGCCAAGAAUAGCACUACGGUUUCUGGAGCAAAGCUCCGGAGACUCAAGAUCUGAGAAGGAGCAAUACAGUGCGAAUUUGACUAAAAGGAAUUUGGCAGGUCUUGCUAAUAGAUUUCUGCGACGUCCAGCUCAUGGGAUAUCUCUUUCAUAUUAUGGAAUUGGAAAGAAUGACUUCCGGUUGCCGCUGGGAGCUAGAUCUAUUCUGCAGUCAGUUCGUGCAUCAUCAACUGCAACUGCAGGGCAACCUAAGUUGGAUAUUGAUGAUGAACAGAGUGAGGAUCAGAAGCAAAAUAGAAAGAAAAAAGAGGCAUCCCCAGAGGAAUGUGAUCAGGCUGUGGAAGGCCUAAGUACUGCAAAAGCUAAAGCCAAAGCUAAACAGGUCCAAGAAUCUCCGAAGGCUAGCCAAUCAGUUAUGCAGAAAUUCUGGGCAAGGCUUCUGGGUAUUGGCCCUGCUCUGCGAGCUGUGGCUUCAAUGAGCAGGGCUGAUUGGGCUGCAAAGCUUAGGCAUUGGAAGGAUGAAUUUGUUUCUACACUGCAGCAUUACUGGUUAGGGACAAAGCUACUAUGGGCAGAUGUUAGAAUCUCAUCAAGAUUGCUGGUGAAACUUGCCGGUGGAAAAAGCCUUUCUAGAAGAGAGAGGCAACAGCUGACACGCACAACAGCUGAUAUCUUCAGGCUGGUACCAUUUGCUGUGUUCAUCAUUGUUCCUUUCAUGGAGUUCUUACUGCCAGUGUUCCUGAAGUUAUUUCCAAACAUGCUUCCAUCAACUUUCCAAGACAAAAUGAAAGAAGAGGAAGCAUUGAAAAGGAAACUAAAAGCAAGGAUGGAAUAUGCAAAAUUUUUGCAAGAUACAGCAAAAGAAAUGGCAAAGGAAGUUCAAACAUCACGUAGUGGGGACAUAAAACAGACUGCUGAAGAUCUGGACGAGUUUUUGAACAAGGUAAGGAGAGGUGAACGUGUCUCUAAUGACGAAAUCUUGAGCUUUGCGAAGCUUUUCAAUGAUGAACUUACUUUGGAUAACAUGAGCAGACCACGCUUGGUAAAUAUGUGCAAAUAUAUGGGUAUCCGGCCUUUUGGUACAGAUCACUACUUGAGGUUCAUGCUUCGCAAAAAACUGCAAGACAUUAAGAAUGAUGAUAAGAUGAUUCAAGCUGAGGGUGUGGAGUCUCUUUCUGAAGAGGAGCUUCUGCAAACCUGUCGGGAACGUGGUCACCUAGGUCUACUGUCAACUGAAGAGAUGAGACAGCAGCUUCGAGACUGGUUGGAUCUCUCACUAAACUAUGCAGUGCCAUCUUCACUUCUCAUACUUUCAAGAGCUUUUACUGUAUCUGGGAAAGUGAAGCCUGAGGAAGCUGUUGUAGCAACACUAUCUUCACUACCGGAUGAAGUUGUGGAUACAGUUGGGACAGUACUGCCAUCUGAAGAUUCAGUUUCUGAGAGGAGGAGAAAACUUGAAUUCCUUGAGAUGCAAGAAGAACUUAUCAAGGAGGAAGAGAAAAGGAAGGAGAAAGAAGAAAAAGCAAAACAAGAGGAAGAGGAAAAGACAAAGCUCAAAGAACCAGAGGGUGCUGCUGAAGAUUUAGCUUUGAAAGAAAUGACUGAGGCUACUGCUAGGGAAGAACUGCGAAAGGCAAAACAACACGACAGGAAAAAACUCUGUAAUAUCGGCGAGAGCAUUGGCAGUGCUCGCAUCUGCAUCGGUAUGCUCCUAUACAAUCAGUAUUUUCAUUUAUCUGUAAGCAAGGAGCGUCAGGAGUUCUUGGGACUUGUCAACAAGGAGAUAGAACUAUACAACUCAAUGCUUGAAAAGGAGGGUACAGAGGGUGAAGAAGAAGCUAAGAGAGCAUACAUAGCUGCUAGAGAGGAAUCAGACCGUCAUGCUGAGGAUGCUGCAGAAGAAAAAGUCUCAUCAGCACUUAUUGAGAAGGUUGAUGCUAUGCUCCAAGAAUUAGAAAAGGAGAUUGAUGAUGUGGAUGCACAAAUUGGUAAUCGUUGGCAACUGCUUGAUAAGGACCAUGAUGGCAAAGUGACACCUGAAGAGGUGGCGGCCGCAGCAGCCUAUCUCAAGGACACCAUAGGGAAAGAAGGCGUGCAAGAGCUCAUCAGCAACCUUUCUAAAGACAAAGAAGGAAAGAUCCUUGUUGAAGAUAUUGUGAAGCUAGCAUCCCAAACAGAGAACAAUGAAGAGGAAGAGGAAGCACGGCAGUAG